AUGGUCUCAUGCUUGCAGGCUGCCCCAGCGCAGACCGCUGACCCGGUCGAAGAUGCCAAGAAGGCCGACGAGCAGCGGCAGAAGACAAUUCAGGAGAACGAGGAGGAUUUGGCUGCAGCCCGACGAGCGCGAGAACUGGCACUAAACGAGAACGAAAGGGCAGAAAACUCGGUCAAAGAACUAGACAAAGUGGUUGCAGCCCUGCGGAGGCAGUGGCUACAAGAAUUUCAAGCCGACAACAGCGAAAAGGCGACGGAGGCCGAGACGAAACUCGAGAAGGCCAAGCAGGAGCUCAAGGAGGCCAAGCAGGAGCUCAAGGAGGCCAAGCAGGAGCUCGAGAAUGCCGAGACGAAACUCGAGAAGGCCAAGCAGGAGUGCAAGGCCCAGGCAGGAGCGCAGGCCUGCAGGGGCUUCUGCGUUGCCUUGGAGAAAUGUCAACCCUAG